AUGAGCAUACAAGAGCUGCUUGUCGUCGGUGGACCUCCAUCUCCCGCACCUUCGACCGUCUCAUCUUUGGCCACUCAACAACUCGCGACAACGUCGCCUGUGCGUAAUGCAGCAAUGUUGGGUGACAUGCUCUACACUAUCGCAUUCACAAUCCUCUGGCUGUUUGGAUAUGCAAGGAACCUAGUUUCCUAUAUCGUCUCUCUCGGGAUUAUUCCUUUGCAAACGGCGCGUCAGCUGUUCGGCAUCUACCAGCCUAAACCCGUCAAUCUACGGGUCGUCGAGCGUGGCCCGCGCACCCGUGGACGUACAACACGCAAUCAACUCGACUCCAACGGCAACAGGAGUGCGUACUCAGACGUAGAGGGCCCACAACGACGUACGCACUAUUCGUGGAUCUCCCAUAACCGAAAGUCCAAAAAUACGUCAAUUGCGUCGACGUCAACUACUUCUUCUUCUGAUGUGGCAAACACGCGUACACAUUCGGUCCCAUCGACACCGCGGCAGAGACCGACUUUGCUGGGUGAUGUCGAUCAGGCGCUCGGAGGAGAUACGGUGGUGGCUGCGUCAGCUGCUGCGGAGGUGGAAGGAAGAAGGGCAAGAAUGAGGAAUCAUGUGGAUCAUUCGAAGAGACGAAUCUUGUUUGUGGAUCACAAGGUAGCGAGAAGGCAAACUGCGCCGCCUGCGUCUCUUGUCACCCAGGACUCGCCUGUAGAGCGCUUGGUCAUUAGCGACUCGCCUCAGUUGAGACUCGAGGACCUUCCUUCUCCUGUGAUGGAGAUGCAGGAGCCCUCUCCGGCGCAUUCCAUGACCGAGUUUGGCGAGUUUGUCUCUGCACCAGCGGCUGCGCCGGCAAUGUCGGCAGUGCAAACUACAGAGCCUUCCAUCCCUCCUGUUGCAGAUCCGUCUGGUGCUGGAUCCGGCGCAGAGUCGAUCAGUGAUAAAAAAGAACGGCGCCCACGAAGUGGAUUUAGGCUGUUCGGUCGCAAGCGAAGCAGCUCUAUGACCAGCCAGUCUGCACGACUUUCAGAUGCGGAAGCCUCGAUGCCAUGUCCCACUCGUCUGCGCCGAAAGUCGCCGUACCCCGCCAAGGCUGUCACCAGUAAGCCAAUGGCGGUGAGCAUGUCGGACGCAGACGCUACGACAUCGACGCGUUGGUUACUUUCAAGACCAAAACGGCUGACGAAAAAGGCGAGGUCAAACUCGUCGACGCGUACACAAGAGCCUGAAGAGUUGACAAUUGGGCCUUUGGCCAUGGAUAAUGGCAACCAAUCCCCCCCACAUGCACGCAUAUCCUCUUCCCCCAUAAACACUCCUACUACACCCUCUCGUGCUAGCGCACUACUCCGCUCCUCUACUCUCAACUCAACAACUCAAACAACGACACCAACGAGGACUCGCUUCAAUCCGCUACGAGAUUUGGAAGCUCACCUGUACAACCGACAUGGCCUUGGGACUGGUCCCAGUACGCGUGAUGGGUAUCGAGCGACGCCAGUGCCGAAGACGGGUAUCCCUCGUACUCGACCAUACGAGCUUCCUGGAAUUGAGCGACCUGUUCCGUCAAAGCGCAAUUCUGUUGGGACGCCGACCUCUGGGUCGAGACGCGACUCGGUGCAAUCGACAAAGGCGUCAGAUUGCUCCUCCGGGAGGCACGGUCUCUAUUCCUCGACCUACAACGCCAACCAGAGCGCAGACGCAGCCUCUGUGAAUUUCGUCAAGCAUUUAUCUUAUUCGGUUAACUUUCUACCCAUGUAUGACUAUAUCCAAUGGGCCCUCGACGCUCAGAUCACUACUUGCUACGACACACCACUAGUUCCUCACCUUUUACUCCAUAUUUUCUUCCUACAUCUCGCUAUUACAGGACAUCUACUCUCGCUUGGACAUUUGGUUAUCGGUGCCCUAGAGGCGUCGCCGCUUGCAUACCUCUAG